AAAUGAUGUUAGGUUUUUCAAGAAUCUUAGAUGUAAUUGCAGGUCUGUUCUUGCAUUUCCUUACACUUCGCUUGCACUUAUCAAUCUGAAGAUCCAACUUGGGACGAUUCUUAAACUAAGCUCCGAACUAUGAAUACCGGCCAUAUGAUUCUUCAGUUUUCGAAAGUACAAAGUUCACUUUAGACGUCAAUGAUGUUGACUGUAUAAACUAUAUGGCUCGACCAACAAACACUAAUCGUCAGCUGCAGCGAUAAGUCAAGCUGUCUGACGUUGCGUGCCGCGUUGUUCUCUAUUUAGAUUUUGUGCAAUUAUCCACCACACAUUUGCGCCUUUGAAAAGAAAUAACUUCAAUUAUGUUCGUUCUAAUUAAAAGUGGACUUCCAAAACUUACGAUACGUAGCCACGGGAGAGUGACGAUUACUCGGCAAUUAGCUAGAAGCACGAUAGCUUCCCGUGAUAAUCUUGAAUAUCAAUACAUGCAGAUGAGUAAAAUUCCAACCAUGCAUUUUCAAGCGUCUUUGCCUCGCCUACCAAUACCAAAACUGGAAGAUACGUGCAGACGAUACCUGAACGCGCAGAAACCAUUAUUGACCGACGAAGAAUUUCGAAACACGUCGUCGAACGUCUCAAAAUUUCUCAUCGGCGAGGGUCAGAGUUUGCAGAAGCAACUUAUUCAACUCAAUGCCAAAAAUUCACACACCAGUUACAUCAGCGAACCGUGGUUCGACAUGUAUUUGUGCGAUCGAAAGCCGUUACCUAUCAAUUACAAUCCUUUUCUGAUUUACACGCCGGAAUCUGACGCGAAAUACGACUCACAACUGGUGAAAGCGACGAAUCUUGUCGUUUCGUCGUUGAGAUUUCUCAAGUCUCUCAACGACAACGUUCUGGAACCGGAAGUAUUUCACAUGAGACCCGACAAAUCAGACACCGAACUGUUUCGUAACGUCACCAGACUGAUUCCGUCCCGUUUUAGCUGGUACGGUGCUUAUUUGUUCAAGGCCUUUCCGUUGGAUAUGUCUCAAUACAAAAAUCUGUUCAACACGACGAGAUUACCGAGAUUGGAAAAGGACGAAAUUUCCUACAACCCCUCGGCGAAACAUUUGAUCGUGUUGAGAAAGGGACACUUUUACGCCUUCGACGUUUUGGACGCCAACAAUUCGAUUCGCAGUCCCAAAGAGAUAGCGGCGUGUCUGAAGGUUGUUUUGGAAGACGAUAGACCGCCAAACAAACAUCCCGUGGGAAUUCUCACGACAAUGGACAGAGAUCAGUGGGCGCGAGCACGCUCGCAUUUAAUCAAAACAGGCAAUCGGGAAGUUCUCAAGAAAAUCGAUUCGGCUGUGUUCGCGAUGAUUCUAGAUGACGAAAUUAUCGGUACCGACAAUAACAACUUAAUUAGAGCAUAUUUACAUAAAGACGGCACCAAUCGAUGGUUCGACAAAUCAUUUUCUCUUAUUGUUUCGAAGGACGGCUAUGGGGGGAUCAAUUUUGAACAUUCCUGGGGUGACGGUGUCGCGGUGCUCCGAUAUUUUCAAGAUGUGAAAGCCGACAUAUCGAAAAAACCUAGGUUUCAUCCCGACGAAGUGAACGAGCUCCCGAGAGAAAAUGUCGAAAGACUGGAAUUUCUCAUAGACGCGAAGAGCCAAAGUAUUAUCGAUCAGCAGAGAUCGACGUAUCAAAAAUGGAUCGAUCGUCUCUGCGUAGAUCAUAUUAUUUACAAGCAAUUCGGCAAAGAGGAAUGUAAGAAGCUCGGGGUAAGUCCGGACGCCGUGAUGCAGCUGGCGUUUCAAUUGGCAUUGUACAAUUUAGAGGGUAAAAUGGUACCAACGUACGAAUCUUGCAGCACAGCUGCAUACAAACACGGAAGAACCGAAACUAUCAGAUCCUGUACGUUGGAAACUAAAGCGAUUUGCGUUGCUAUGACGCAGAAACAACUCGAGCUUUCGAAAUCAGAAUUAAAGAAGAUGAUACACGAUUGCAGCAAAGCGCACAACGUUCUAACAAGAGAAGCUGUGAUGGGUCAGGGCUUCGACAGGCACUUGUUCGCUUUGAAAAAAAUUUCGGAAAAAUCGAAUUCUCAACCGGCCAUUUUUCGCGAUUCGGCUUACGAGGUAUUAAACCGCAACGUGUUGUCCACGUCCACGUUGUCGAGUCCGGUCGUAACAGCUGGUGGAUUUGGACCGGUAAUACCUGACGGUUACGGAAUAGGAUACAUGAUCCAGGACAAAAGUCUGGGUGCCGUUGUGACAAGUUACGAGGGCAAACGUAACGCCAGCAAAUAUAUACAAACAUUAGAACAGGCAUUCAAGAGUAUUCACGACGUGCUACACGCGUAAUAUGAUAAUUACGGCCACGUGUAAUCAGUUAAGUCGUAGUUUUUACGUAUUAUAUUAAUAAUUAUUGAAUCGUGUAUAUUUAUAUAUUUGUUAAAACACACAUUUUUAUCGAGGUUAUUGAACAGUUAUUGUACGAGUACAUUUCUAUUGUACAUUGUAUAUUACAUUUUUUAUUAUUAUUGUAUACACUAUUAAAUGUAUUAAUCGUUAUUGUUAUGUAACAUAUAACAAGGAAGCUGCUGUACGCGUCGGACACACGUGUAUAUAUAUUCUAAAGACUCGCGUCAUUUUCAACAUAAUCCGUUUGUUUAAAAAUUAGUUUUUGUGUCAAGAUCAAAAAGAUGCGCAAGCGUAUUUAGCUUGACCUUGACUUCACAUGUGUCUUUCAAUUUACAAAUGAUUCGCUUUCGUGUACCUGGGACUCAUCAGCGGUGUUGCGCUUCACAUUCUGCUUAAGAUCUGUUUUAAAGAUACAACUAUAUCUAUUUUUGUGAGUAUAACGAAUAACUACAUAUAUAUUGUGGUACUAAAGUCAAUUUUUAAAAGUUUGUUAUAAAGAGUAGAAAAGAUAAAUUGAGAAAAAGUGUAAGGAUGUUGUUAAUUGAUUUGUAACCCUGAGGGGAUUGAUAAGUUUAGGAUAAAUAUAUAUAUAUAUAUAUAUACAAAUAUAUGUCUUCCAAUACUGCCAUUAGGACACAAUCGAAUCGGACUUCGAUAUUCCGAGAGUGUGUGAAUAUGAAAACUAAAAAUGUUAAACUACAGGUGUCACAUACAGCAGCUUUCUCUCUUUCGACAUUGUAUAUUUGUAUCAGAGAUAAGCGUGUCACGUGGGCAAACUUCUGAUUCGCAUUUGGCAAUUGGAAACACAGCAAACAUAACGAAUGAUAGUUUUAUCUCUGACGCGCUUAAGAAGAACUUUUGUACAAUAUUACCGAAUAAAUAUUUUGGAAUACUUUUUAAA